AUGCCCCGCACGCCGUUCUCUUCCCCUUCCUCCUCCUCCGCCAUCACGACCAACUCCUCCCCCUCGAUUCGCUCUCUGCUGGUACUAGUCGCCCUUGUCAAUCUCGCCUGGAGUCUCUACCAGCUCCCGCUCAACCGUGUCAUUGAACGCAGACUCUGUCGCGACUUCUAUCUCGGCGCCGACCCUUCGGCAAUUGGCCAUGAUGGAAGCGUGCCUGAGGAGCUGUGCAAGCUGGACGGCAUCCAGCAGGAUCUGGGUAGCAUGCUGGGCCUCAUGGAGACGGGCUGGGUUGCUGGCGACUUUGUCAUGACCAUCCCCCUCGUGUUGCUUGCUGACCGCUACGGCCACGCCCGAGUCCUGCGGCUCAACCUCGUGCCUCGUGUCCUUGUGCUCUGCUGGACGCUUGCCGUCGGCUACUUCGACCACGCCCUUCCCCUGCCCGCCCUUGCCCUUGGCCCGCUCUCGUCAGUCCUCGGCGGAGACUGUGUCUUCAACUCGAUUGUGUACUCGCUGGUCUCGUCGGCUACCCAUGACGAUGUGCAAAGAGCUACCUUCUUCGGCCAGGUGAAUGCAGUCUCGGCCAUAUUCGCCGCCCAGCUUGGUCCUGCUCUGGCCUCUGGCACCAUGAGCAUACUGCUGUGGCUUCCUUUGUGUGCCGGCGUCGUCCUUCUUCUCGCCGCUGUGCCCGUCAUCUCUGGUCUUCCCGCAUCAAACACCGGCAGUCAUAGACGCCAGCACGACCAAGAGUCGAUAGCGCCCUUGCUACCGCAAGACCUGCCUUAUCGUCCGGAUCCCACGCUCAGCAUCACAAGCCUCAAAGAGUCCAUCUCUGGCCGCAUCUCGUCCGUCUUCAAGGUCAUGACCAGCUACCCGCCCAACUUUACACUCCUGCUCGCUAGCUUCUUCUUUACCUCUCUGGCCAGCUCCGACACCAAGCUCAUGGCCCAGUACAUCUCUAAGCGAUAUGGGUGGAAGUUUACCUCGGUCGGCUACUUGCUAUCGGGAAAGGCAGUCUUCAACUUUUUCCUUCUCUACCUUAUUAUCCCUACUAUCUUGCGCCGGCGCCGAUCCCAAUCUUCCCCAUUGUCUUCCUUUCAGUCCCGACGCCUCUCGGACCCGGACGUCUUCGCGAUUCAGGACCACAAGGUGGCCGAUGGAUACAACAUCAGCUAUGCUCAAACAUGCCUUAUAUUUUCUGUUCUGGGUGUCGUCGCUAUAGCCAUGGCUUCGACGAUUUGGACCCUGGUACCGUCACUGCUGCUUUACGCCAUGGGCAUCGCACUCCCCAUGUUUACGUACUCGCUACUCAAAUCACCGUCGUUAUUACCAGACCCCAGUGGGCCGGAGAUCCGCGCGGCUGGCGAUGCCACUGUUGUGGUUUCGGAAGCUCAGAUUUUCUCAAUCGUUAUGCUGGUCAAAACGGUAGGCUUGCUGGUCGGGGCACCGACCAUGGCUGCUUUAUGGGUGCAAGGCGUCAAGGUCGGCGGGUGGGCGCUGGGUUUACCGUACUUUCUGAGCGCUGCUUAUUAUGCGCUUGCCAUGUUCGUGUUGUCGAGAAUAAAGCUUUGA